AUGGCGCUGCACCGGUUCAAUAGCGUCGGCGGUGGCAGCCACGCCCAAAAGCCCAGACUAUCGCCCAGAAAGUCGGCGUCCUCCUUGACCUCCCCGUCCUCGACGUCGGUCAUGUCUGCACCAGGGUCGACACCCGCGUCAACCGUGUCGCCAUUGCGGUCGUCACACCUCGUGGCCCUGCGGUACGAAGAGACCGUGCAGGCCAAGCCGCCUAUCAUGGUCACCCAGAGCAGAGGCGGCGGCGGCAGCAACAGCGGCAGCGGCAGUGCAACCAGCAGCGCGCUGUAUCUGGUGCGCUCGCGGUCCACGCUGUCUACACGGUCCCUGGCCACGACGGCCACAGCCACCGCCACCGCCGCGGCUGCGUCGUCGCCGUCCGUGCCGCUCCAGACGCCGUCACUCUUGUCCUCGUCUGCCUCGUCUGCCUCGACGCCGUCGCCGUCGCCGUCGCCGUCUCCGUCCAAAUCCACCGCGCCACGGUACCCAUUGGUCAUUCUGCGCCCGCCGGGCCUGAUCGUGCCGCCCUCGGAGCAGCACCCGGCCCUCCGCACGCCGCCGUUCCAUCCCAUUGUCGAAGAGGGCGGCGACGCCAGCGAGGAGAUGGCCGAGACAAACGCGGCCACGCCUACCCCCUACACCGUCAACAGCACGCUGCGGUCGCGAACGGCCGGCCCCGACAAGGGCCCCGACCUGUGCAAGCGGGACUCCAUCCUGGCAUCAUCAGCGGCUUCGACGGUCUCGACGUGGCCUGAAGAUGCGCAGGACAUGGAGGACGAGGCAAACGAGAGCGUGGACGCCAACAGUGCCAACAGUGCCACCAAUGACACAAAUGACGCAAAUGAUGCCAAUGGCGCCAGAGACGAGGCUCGCGACGCUCACAAAGGCCACGCCCAGCACGCCGAGGACGAAGACGAAGACGACAACAGCUACGCGAGCUGCCUCUGCCGCAGCGCCAGCCGCCGUAGCAAGGUCGCGUCCGUCGUGUCGGCCGCGUGUCCUGCGCCUGUCCGCGAGGCGCCCCUGCCACCCACGGACGCGACGCACGCCCCAACACACGACGACAUGGCGACCGGUGAUACUGCUGGUGCUGCAGCGUCUCGUGUGGUCGGUAUCGAGCCAACCACGACCGCACACUCGGCCCGACCGUCUGUGGAUGUGCACCCAGGCACAGCUGCAGCUGCAGCGCCAGCUGAACGCCAGUCGACAACAGCGUCUGUCACGCGCGACAAGAGCUGGCGAUUGUCCAGGAGCCCGUUCAGCUUCCGUGGCGGCCCGUUUCAGCGCAGCGGCAGGAAGAAGACCAAGCACAGCGCCAGCGAAGACGCCACGCCCGCCGUCCAGUACGAGGAUGGCCUCAUCCCCGUUGUGGACCCAGACACGACAGCCCACGAGACUCUGGCCGAGAGGCAGUGUGAGGAUGCGCGUGGCACAGCGGACGCGCCUGCAAGCUCGAAUCCUAUUUUGCCCGCUUUCACCGCCCAAUCCCCCUUGCCUCUGGUGGGGCCCGCCCAGUGUUCAGCUGUGCCUUCUACCGCGUUUCCAGCGCUCCAGCACCCCCAUCAGCAUGCCAGGCUCACUAAGCCCAAUCCGGCCUCGCGGCCUGUGCAGCCCCAGCAGCGCAUCGCGCCUGCCUCCUUUCCCCUCGACACGACCGCCCCAUCGUCCUUGCCGCUUCCGUCCAUUUCGUCGUUUGCCUCGUUUCCCACGCCGUCCCUUCCGUACAUUAGUGCCAUUGAGAAUCCGUUUGCAUCCAACCAAAACAACAUCAACAGCACAACGCCAUUGUCACCGCCGCCGCCUCUGCCAACAGCCACCGCCCCGCCGCGUUUCCUCCUCCGCGUCUUGUCCAUGUCUGAUUCGCGCCAAAAGCGUCAGCACCAGCAGGACCAGCAGGACCAGGACCGUGACCAGGACCGUGACCAGGACGGCGACGCCAACCGCGCCAUCCCCAAAAGAGACAAGGACGCAAAGGACAAAACGGCCCCAAAAGGCACAAAGAGAGAGAGCAGGGCCACUGCCACUGGUCCCCACGACCAACCGCCGCGUCCAACCGUCUCGUCUAUGCCCCUCAUCAACACCGCCAUCCCCGACGAGCACCUGCUGGAGGAUGACGUUCUGCAGACGCUGACCUUUUCGAAACGCGGAAGCCUCAUGUUUGGCGGCAAACGCGCUUUUGCAUCGUCUGCCUCGUCUGCCUCAUUUGCCUCGUCUGCCUCGUCGGCUCCUCCUCCAUCCGCGCCGUCGCCCCUCGCGCUGCCGCCCAUGAACUUGCCGCCGCUGGCCCCCGCUGUCGAGCGCGAGUCUCUGCAAGUGCGCUCGCUCUACGCGUCGGGCCCGGGCGCGGACGUGGGCGCGGCUGCUGCCGAUGCUGCCGAUGCUGCCAAGGCUCCAGAGCUCGAGGGUGAUCGUGGCAAGACUGCUGCUGCUGCUACUGCUGCUGUCCACCACAAUGCCACUCCCACUCGUCGAUACGGGCGUCUGCUGACUGCCGUAUUCCACCGCGCCGGUGCUCCCACCGGACAUGCCGUGAGAGAUUCACUCUGCAGUUCCCAUGUACCAAGCGAGCAAGAACGCGAACCUGAAGAGACAGCAGCACCGGACAAGCCUUCCCAAGGGCCAGAAGAGCGACCGUCUCCAGAACCUCGAGAACCGCAAGGGCGGCCAGGCGACCAGCCACAGGAUACCCAAGAGCCACCGCAAGACGUUCCACGACUUGGACCACCUCCACAGCCCCCGCUGCCUACUCUCCAAGACACGACACCACCGCCCGACGUGUCGUCCCCGUCCGUUGCGCCCGAGCCCUCGCCGGUGCCUACACCUCCACCGGCGCCUGCACCAGCGCCAACAGACCACCUGCGUCCCGAUGCCGCCGCACGCGCAUCCGCAUCCAACAAUGACACCCGCACAUCCAUUGUCUCGGCCACGUCGGCCACCACCGCCUCGACAGGCAUUGCAUUGACAGAGGGAACCGAAUCGCCACUCUCGCUUGUGCCCACAGCAACGCCCCACCCGUCCGAACCCUCGUCGCCAUACGACGCCAAUGGUUCUACCAACGGCACGUCGAUUACCUCACCUACCUCGCCCGCCUCCCCUGUCCGGAACGCGUACGAGCUGGCGGGGGGGCUUGAGGACUGGGAGGACGUGGACGUCGCCGAUGUCGACCGGUUCGGCUUUAUCCACGUGCGCCCGCCGCCGCAAGGCACGGCAGCCACUGCUAAUGGCGACGGUGAUGCUGACGAGGAGACAGUCCAUGGAAACAAAGAAAACGAAAACGUACAAAGAGGUGACAGCCUUGCCAGCGGCAUUGGUCGCCACUUUAGCCUCCGCCACAGAUCCACCGCGGCGCGCCGCAGCAACCACCGCACACUCGACAAUGGAAACGGCUUUGGCGCCCGUUCCGUCCACACAAGCCGUUCCACCUCCACGACAGCCACCGCCGCUGCCGCCGCCCGCUCCUCCAUCCGCGCUGCCGCCAACCAGCUGCCCCACAACAAAGACCGCCGCUGGAUCGACGAAGCCGGUGGCAUGCUCACGCUGGAGCCUGGCCUUGCCGACAUCGCCGAAGACGAGGACGCCGAGCGCCUCGCCGACGUGCUCAAGAGGAAAGAGUGGGAGCGCGCCGAGAAGUGGCGCCGCAUGGCCAGAGCCGUCGUCCGCAACGAUGGCGGUCGUGGUGGCGCUGGCGCCGGCGCCGUGGGCACCGGCGCUGGCAUGGAGUUCGUGUUUGACCUGCACCACCCUAAACUCGUCGAGCGGACCUGGAAAGGCAUCCCCGACCGGUGGCGGGCCACCGCGUGGUACUCGUUCCUCGCAUCCAGUGCCGAGCGCCGGCGCGCCCAGCGGGUGCCUCCGCUUCCGUCUGCAACCCCUGCGGGCGAUGCUUCGGAAGAAGGAGAAGGAGCGACAGCUCCUCCUCCCAUUAUGGCCUCAUCCGCGGUCCCCGAUGGCGGCGAGACCGACACCCAGAUCAUCGCCGCCUUCCACCGCCUGCAGGACACGGCCUCGCCCGACGAUGUCCAGAUCGACCUCGACGUGCCGCGCACCGUCAACGGCCAUGUCAUGUUCCGCAAGCGCUACCGUGGCGGCCAGCGCUUGUUGUUCCGCGUCCUGCACGCCCUGUCCCUCUACUUCCACGCCACGGGCUACGUCCAGGGCAUGGCCUCGCUCGCCGCCACGCUCCUGUGCUACUACGACGAGGAGCGCUGCUUUGUCAUGCUCGUGCGCCUCUUCCACCUGCGUGGGCUGGAGCGCCUGUACGAGCCUGGGUUCGGUGGGCUCAUGGAGGCCUUGGGCGAAUACGAGCAGCAGUGGCUCGCCCGCAGCAACCGCCGCGUCGCGCAAAAGCUGUCCUCGCUCAAUAUUGACGCCACCACAUACGCCACCCGGUGGUACCUAACGCUAUUCAAUCUGUCCGUGCCGUUCCCCGCCCAGCUGCGCAUCUGGGACAUCUUCAUGCUGCUCGGCGACGCCGACAAUGAAUCGCUGGAUGGUGGCAGUGGACGCAUGUCGCUGUCCCGCCCCGGCUCGCGCGCCAGUACGCGACCCGGCACAGCCGCCACGACACGGCCCGGCACGGCCACUGCCACAACAAGGCCGGGCACGGCCACGGCCGACGCAGCCGCACGCCCCGCCAACCUGGCGAUCCUGCAUGCCACGAGCACGGCACUCAUUGACGGCCUCCAAGACGUGCUCUCGGACGCCGACUUUGAGAAUGCCAUGAAGGCGGUGACCUCGUGGGUGCCCAUCAAGGACGUGGACCUCUUGAUGAAGGUCGUCCACGCGGAGUGGAAGCGUUACCAGAAGAGGAAAGCAAGGCGGUAG